AUGAUGAUGGCGAUGAUGCAGAUGGCUGUGAUCGGCCCGUGCCGUGUGGAGGAUGAGGAUCAACAAACAGAUCGACAGACAGGCAACGUGGUCCCCAGUCCUACCUGGCGUCUCAUACAUCGGCUGCAACUCCCUCAAGCACCACCCUGGGGUUUCAUCAUUUACCGCACCACAUACACCCCCGAAUCCUACCGCCAAUUCCCCCAAAUCGUCGAGCUAACAAACUUGUACAUAAAACGGGAGAUCCGCCAAGAAUACGCAUACUUCAAAGAAACAUUUGCCGGGCCCCCCGAAGAGCUCAAAACAGGCUACCAGCUCAUCUGCGCCAACCACCGCCCCACCAUCAUCGAAGACCGCACCCAGCUCGACGGAAUCUCGCUCCACGGCGUGCGAUCCCACUUUGAAUCCUGGAUCGACGACCGCGCCAGCGGCAGGGGUCGAGAGAACUGGAACUGGGGCCACCCGACGCAGCGGCACGUGUGUCUUGUCGUCGACGAGGAGGUGUGCCAGGUCUUAGGAAAAGCCGGUGCGAGAGCAAUCGGCGAGGGCACGCACGCCGGGCGGUAUCUGGAUAAGUGGUGGGUCAAGGCCGUGGAGGCUUGGCCGGAGAUUGAUGAGUGGGAGAGGGAGGCCACGGGCUUUGAUGGGGCGAUGAAGGCGUCUGUUUUUAGUCUCUGGGGGUUAUGCGGCCUGAUGGAUGAUCCGUACCCGAUGUGGAUGAUGAGGAGGGAUGGGAAUGGGGUGUAUACUGGGUGA